AUGACUCCUUCCGACGCUGCGAAAGCGGCGGCGUCUCACAUUCGUCGCAAAGUGUUAACCCAAAUGGCUAGCGGCAUAGGGGUCGUUAGCGUCCCCGUGGCCGUUUGGUGGUACCUGACGUACCACGAACGCCAGGCAAAACUGGAAGACGUACGCACACGGGUGAGAGUUCCAAACGUUCAAGAUACGGACGACUUGCUGGUGGAAAAGUGUCAGGCGGGGGACGUGAUUCUGUUCGAUCGGCGAUGCGAAAAAGUGGCGGCGGGACCGUGGGCAGCAAUCUCCUGUCUCGCAUCACGAACUUUUCUCUGCGACGACAAGAAACUCUCUUCGCGGACCGUGGCGGAAGGGAAGUUUGACCACAUCGGUUUGGUAGUUCCUGGUUACAUAAAGUCGCGUCACGACGCCUUGGACGCAUCCAAUCUGUUGCUGCUCGAACCUACGCCCUCAGGAAUCGUCGCUCGCGAUUUGAAAACUCGUCUGGAAGUAUCUUCGUCGCGAUCCGUCGUCCUGCUCCAAUUGUGCAGCCCAGGUGAAAAGCGCAAUGUAGAGGAAGACUACGAACAGUCGAUACCAGUGGUGCGCGCCAGAAAGCAUGUCGAAACCGAACUACGGAAAUUCCGUGAUCGCUGGAUUGAGCUGGGUAAAGACAGAAACUAUAAAUACAUGCAUUCGACGCUUGGCUUGGGAGGUGCUCUUGUUUACGGCAUGGGUAUGCAAGAUAUGUUGAGUGGUCCCGUCUCGCCCAGCGCCUAUCUUGUACUGAUUGGUCUCCAACAAGCAGCGGCGGCGCAAAACAUUAAUGAUCGGGAGAAUCGUGCAAUCAAGGUCGAAGACUUUUUGCGCGACCAUCGAUUUGAGGAAAGACACGCAGUGAGACUGCGUCCGGGAUGGCGUUUCUUGGCACCGAUUCCCCUUCGCGAGACUUCAAGAUCGUAA